AUGUCUUCUCAUCAAGACCAUGAAGCCUCAUCGCAUCAUCCAACGUUGAGUUUUGUUCCGACAGCUACUCAAUCCAUCUAUGAUCAAAUCAUUGCUGCAAAUACUUCUCCAUAUACUAUUUACUUCCGACAAAUGUUUAUGAGUUUUCCAUUCUUGAUGAGUUUAAUACUUUUUAUUUAUUAUUAUGCACACGUGAAUGGAAUGUUUGAUGAAGUGAGAGUUUACAUGAGUUCAAAAUUUGGAAAUACAGAAAAUCAACGAUCUAUAGAGAAUGAUGAUGAGUAUUAUGACGAUGAAAAGAAGAAAAUAAUAAUCGAAAUGAAGAAGUCGCUCCUGGCUAGGGUUGUGAAAGGGAAUAGAUUUACACGACUGUUAGGUUUUGGAAAAUUGACAAGUGACAAUAUUUCUCAAUAUUACGAGAAAGAAGGUUGGAAAUAUGACAAAGUGACCAUUGUUAGAAAUGAACAAACCUUUUACUUUGAUGUAUUACAGAAGUCAAGCUCUAAAAACGCUUCAUCUAGUACAUUUUCAACACUUCUAUUGAUUCCAGAUAUUGAUGGAUGCCUGGGUGAAAAUUCAUGCUAUUUAGAUUCCUUUAUUGAUGGUGUAUGUGGAAACAGAAACUCUCUGAGGCUUGCAGCAUCCACAAAAGAUUCUAUUCACCGAAUAAUCAUUUAUAGUAGAGAGGGAAGAUCUCAAAAUUAUCCAUUAACUACUAGCUCCAAUUUCAAGCUAUUAGGAGAUGAGCAAGAUCUAAGAUAUUGCAUUCAACAACUCGCAGAAAAGUACAGGAUUGGAAAUAACUCAAACUCGCACUCAAUUAGUGCUCAAUUUAUAGGAGUUGGAUGGGGAUUUGGUGCAAAUUUACUAUUAAGUGCUGUAUCCGGUCUUGCUUCAUCAAAUUACUUCUCGAUGUGCAUUUCCAUUUCAAAUCCAUACGACAUCAAAAAUUGCAUGACAACUCCAAUGACAAGGUAUCACAACAUGAUUCUUCAACAGCUCAAAAAGAUUGUGAAAAACAAUUGGAGCGUGUUUCAGAAGCAUCCACAUGCUUCUCUCAACUUGGAUGAACUCAUGGCCUCAAAAACUUUUAUAGAAUUUGACACGAAUUUCACACUCAAAAUUAAUCCAGAACUUCAAGAUAUUCCAAAUGAUUAUUACGACACGGCGAGUUGUUACCAUCAUUUAAAUGAUAUCUUGAGCCCCACUCUUCUCGUGUCUGCAAGUGACGAUCCUGCUUGUUCUCUCUCUGUAUGA